UUACUUUGAUAUCGUCAUGCGGUUUAUUUCGUUAGCUCUGCUGAUCUUGCUAAUAGGUCUGGUCCUAAUUGCCCCUCUUGGGACAGAUGCUUCCUGUAAACAAGCUGGCAAACGCAUGAGAGAUCUAAUAGACUGGGACGAAGAUGGGAGCUGUGAUCGUUCCUCAUACCCCAAAGUCAUAAGCGAAACAGAGGAAGCCCUUGCCGAAAAUGUUGAUUCUGAUUCCGAUCAUGCUGAAGCAUCCUACUUGCCGUAUGAGUCUUUCUUCAGAAAAUUGAAGUGGGCCUUUGCGUUUGUGUACAAAAUUGUCAUUUGGUAUCUGAAUUUCAUUAAGGAAUAAAAUUAAAAUCAUGUGCCAGAGCUGUUAACAAAGCCUAAA